UUUACUCUUCUGAGGAGCUUCUGGAGCAAAUACUGUGAGAGGAGCGACUCAAUCUGAUUGAUUAUCUCCUGCAGAACCUGUGUGUGUUCAGAGGAAGAGCUCUGCUGACCCGCUGGACUCUGGGCUUCACUGACACCUGCACCAUGAGGAAGGGCUCCUGCUGCAUGUUCACGUCUGGAGUCAUCGGCGCUGUUCUCCUGAUCAUGGGAACCGGACUCUUUGUGUCCGGACUCUUCCAGACCUUGAUCCACAACAAGCUGAAGGGGGAGAUCACGCUGACGGAAGGCAGUAAAAUUUUCGCCACGUGGAAGAAUCCACCGCCUCCGGUCUACAUGGAGUUCUUCAUCUUCAACGUCACCAACCCUGACCAGUUCCUGAAAGGAGAAGCCAAACCUCAUGUUACUACAAUGGGGCCGUACACCUACAGAGAGUUCAGGCCCAAACACAACGUGUCAUUCGUUCACAACGGGACGAAGGUUGCCGCUUACACAAAAAAGAUUUUCGUCUUUUUGCCUGAGAAAUCAGUUGGAGACCCGAAAGUGGAUAUGGUGACGACGGUGAACAUCCCAGCGGUGGCCGUGAUUAAUCGGUUGAAAGGUGCAGGAUUCUGGGUCGCCUCGGGAAUCUCCAUGUACAUGGGCUCCAUCGGCACCACAAUGUUCAUGACACACACGGUGCAGGAGCUGCUCUGGGGCUUCAAAGACCCCUUACUCACCCGACUGAAAACCAUAAAACCAGAAACGGAUGAAUACUUCGGUCUCAUGCUGCAUAAAAACAGCAGCGAUGAUGGUGAGUUUGUGUAUCACACCGGAGAGCAGAACUACCUGGACUUCGGCCGCAUUUACACCUGGAAGGGAGAAAAGAUGGUGUCCUUCUGGAAAACCAACCAGAGUAACAUGAUCAACGGCACCGACGGCAGCUCCUUCCACCCGUUCCUGACCAAAGAAGAGCGGCUCAACGUCUUCACCCCUGACCUCUGCAGGUCCAUCCACAUGCGCUUUGAGAAGGAGGUGGAGCUGAAGGGCAUCCCAGCGUACCGCUUCACGCCACCCCGGGACACGCUGGCCAGCGGCAAGAACAACCCGGAAAAUGAGGGAUUCUGUGUGACGCCAAAGAAAUGCCUGGACGACGGCGUGCUGGAUGUGUCUGUGUGUCGGAAAGGGGCUCCUGUCGUCGUGUCGUUCCCUCACUUCCAUCUGGGUGAUGAGAAGUAUGCCCAAGCUAUCGAUGGCAUUUCUCCGGUGCAUGAGCAUCAUCAGACCUUUCUGGAUCUGAACCCUACUAUGGGAGUGCCUGUUCGUGCCAUGAAACGAGCCCAGUUCAACAUUCAUCUCGAGAGAGUGAGCGGCUUUCCGUUGACCAGAAAUCUCAACAACACUAUCUUUCCCAUUUUGUUUCUGAAUGAGUCUGUGGUGAUUGACGACGCUUCAGCGGCGAGGAUUCAGAAGCUGCUGCUGAUCGUGACUCUGGUGUCUCGUUUCCCGCUCAUCCUCGUGGCAAUGGGAGUCAUUCUGUUGCUCGUCUCCAUCAUCCUCGCCAUUCGCUUCUAUCAGAACAAGAACAUCCUAACAACCGCCUAGCAACCACCCAGAAAACCCUAGCAACACUUUGGCUAAACCCCAGGUAUCAAAUGUAUAGCAAUGCCUUUGCUCUCAAACAGACCGCCCGAGCAACCACAUAGCGAUCUGUCUGUCUGAAAGAUUUCAAACCUUCAAACUACAAGCUUUUCAAACUGCUUCAAACUUCCAGCUAUUUAAACAUAACGCUUAUCUUGAAGGUCAUGAAGUGUGUGUGUGUGUGUUUGUGUGUGUGUGUGUGUGUGUGUGUGUGUGUGUGUGUGUGUGUGUGUGUGUGUGUGUGUGUGUGAGAAUGUUCAGGCCUUCAGAAAAAUCUCCAUUAUUCUUCACUUUCCCACCGAAGUUUGAACUGAAACCAAAAAAUGUGACAUUCACUGUCAGCACGGUUCACACGCAUUUAAGCUGCCAUCAAAUCAUUCCACAAAUAUUUCAAAAUGUGCUCUGAGUGGGUUUGUUAUGGAAACUGAACGCUAUUCUUCCACAUCAGCCUUUAUGGAUCAGUAUUCUCAUUCACACACUUGCUGCUGUAGAGCAGAGAAAUCUAAAGGACGUGUGGAGUUUGAGAAAAUCAGUCAGCGCUGAAAUGACAGUAACUCAGUCGACAUCCAGCGAACAAAAAUAUGUUCUGAUAUUGUUUUAUUCUAGCCUUCCCAUAACGUUAUGAAAGCAUUAGUUCUGCAUGUUCUCUUAAUAUUCACAAUGUAGCAUUUAAAAAGCAUUUCACUGCAUGCCAUUCAAACUGUCUGAAUGCAUGCUAUUCAAAAUGUUGCCUGAACUAGAAACGUUCUCAGUGAGAUUCUGUGAUCAUUUUGUUCAUUUUCUCUUUUUUUUUUUAAAUGCUACACUUUUUUCAACUCACCAGAUUCUGAUGUUUUCUAGUUUUAUUAAUUGUAUUUAUUGUAAAUAGUGGUUAUUGUAAGCUGAUCAGUUUUCUGAAAUGGAAACUGGGGACAUUUUUAUGUUUUUGCUUUUUAAUUGUUGUGAAUUCCACAAACUAUUAUUGCAAAUAAUAAUUUUCAUGAUGUUUUUAGGUCAAACUGAGCUUGGAACUGGUUUUAAUACAAGUCACCAAAAAUUGCAUUAUUAAUAAAAGUAAAUAAUAAUAAUUGCAAAUAGCAGAUCAAAGAUCAACAGCUCAAAAUAGCAUUAUAUUAUAACAGUAAUAAACAAGAAAUAUAAUUUGUAAUUUAUAAUUUUUUAUUUUAUUUUAUUUUUUAAAUAAGGUUAUUGCAGUUAGUGUAGUUUAUUUUAGUCUCAGAUAAAUAAUACUCAGAUGCCGCACCUUCGGUAGCUCCUUCUCUGCUUUCCGUUAGACACAGCGGCUCUUUUUAAGGGUGGCUAGACUGCUUUAAAUGACGAGUAUCCUGUAUCUAGUGGAGUUGAGGUUUCAUCCUAAGCCUGCUGUUCUUCUGUCUGUGGUUUAUACACAUGAAUCAGACUGCUUCCUGUCAUAACUCAUGCUUUUUUGCCGCAUGCUGCUCUCGUGAUCAGUUCACUAACGCUGUGCUUUUGUUUAUUAAUAUGCGGGCUUGUAUGUCACUCUCACCUGAUGAACAUCGUGUUAUGUUUAGACUGAAGUUAAGCGCAUUGAUUUCGCUGAGGCUUUCCACUGCUCUCCUGUAAGCUCAGCACUCUUUUCAGGCCUGUUUCACACAUGGGCUCAGUUCACAGAAAAUGCAUGAUAUGAUCAAAUUCAAACCCUAAAUGCAAUAUAAGUCACUUUGGAUAAAAGCAUCUGCCACAUGAAUAAAAAAAUUAAAUAAACUCAACAGAAAACGCUGAAAUGCACUAUAUGCAAUCUUUGAGUAAUAUAACAGUCUGGAUUAUUAGAUUAACUAGCAUUUGGAUGUAAAUGUGAUUUGCAUCAUGUAAUUUGGUUAUUCCCAUACAGAAAUGUAAUACAUGACAUAUUACUCUAUAACUAGACCGAUAUUGGCAGAUAUAUAUAAUUUUCACAUGAGUACAUUCUCUGAGUAGUUGAAGAUAUGUAAGAUAUAUGAAAUCAUCAUAGUAAAAUAUGUAUUUGUACAUGUUAAUAAUAUUUAUAUUUUUAUCUAUUAUUUAUAUAUAUAGCAACCAUACUGUAUAUUACAUUUGCAUAUUGGAAUUGGUUCACUUCCAAUAAUUUUAAUAUUUAGAGUUCGAGUUUAUUUAUUUCUGAUACGAGUGCAUCACAAAGUGCAAUUUAACAGUCAACUGUGACAAGAAUAAAACAAAACAACAAUAAUAACACUAAUAAAAAUGUAGUCCAUCAUGGGUCAGAUUCAAAAUAUACAUGCAUUUCCAUGCAUUAUAAAUAGAAAUACUCAGUGCAUUAUUAAUGGAAAUACUCUGUGCAUUAUUAAUGGACAUACUCAGUGCAUUAUUAAUGGAAAUACUCUGUGCACUAUUAAUGGAAAUACUCAGUGCAUUAUUAAUGGAAAUACUCAGUGCAUUAUUAAUGGAAAUACUCAGUACAUUAUUAAAGGAAAUACUCUGUGCAUUAUUAAUGGAAAUACUCAGAGCAUUAUUAAAGGAAAUACUCUGUGCAUUAUUAAUGGAAAUACUCAGUGCAUUAUUAAUGGAAAUACUCAGUACAUUAUUAAAGGAAAUACUCUGUGCAUUAUUAAUGGAAAUACUCAGUGCAUUAUUAAUGGAAAUGCUCUGUGCAUUAUUAAUGGAAAUACUCUGUGCAUUAUUAAUGGAAAUACUCAGUGCAUUAUUAAUGGAAAUACUCUGUGCAUUAUUAAUGGAAAUACUCAGUGCAUUAUUAAAGGAAAUACUCUGUGCAUUAUUAAUGGAAAUACUCAGUGCAUUAUUAAUGGAAAUACUCAGUGCAUUAUUAAAGGAAAUACUCUGUGCAUUAUUAAAGGAAAUACUCUGUGCAUUAUUAAAGGAAAUACUCUGUGCAUUAUUAAUGGAAAUACUCAGUGCAUUAUUAAUGGAAAUACUCAGUGCACUAUUAAUGGAAAUACUCAGUGCAUUAUUAAUGGAAAUACUCAGUGCAUUAUUAAAGGAAAUACUCUGUUCAUUAUUAAAGGAAAUACUCUGUGCAUUAUUAAUGGAAAUACUCAGUGCAUUAUUAAAGGAAAUACUCUGUGCAUUAUUAAAGGAAAUACUCUGUGCAUUAUUAAUGGAAAUACACAGGCUUAACUCACUUCUGCUUGAACUGAAUCUAUAGUCUGGUUGAUCAUGUGAUGCUUGCAAACUAGUUAAAGAACUGAAACAUGCUCUACUUAAGUACAUGAACUUGUAGUACGUUUUCAAUGUGUUCGUGUAACUCAUACUAUUACUAUUACUCAUAUUUGAUUUUGUAUAACUCGUACUAAAUCAAUCUUGUCUUAUCUCUGAUCUUAUAUGUUCUUCUUUUUAGCCAUCUGCAAAGAAAGACACAUCAUACGUUCCUGUGAGCGCCAAAGUGGACGAU